UAUAUUGUAGAGAGCUCUAUACCAUUCUACAAUCUUCUAGAGGUUUCAAAACGGAGAGAGACGAAAAUAAUUCAUUGUAGGCCGUGUACUCAGACCCCUUAAUCAAGUGAAGAGUUUGCACAGCAGACUUCGACAAUGGCUUCUGAAAAGACAAGAGCAGAACUCAACUACGAAGCCCGUGUUGACAUUGCGACAGCCUACCGAGCUUGCAAUUACUACGAUCUCGAUUAUGGCAUCUUCAAUCAUAUAACGCAGAGGGCGCCUGCCAGAGACCGAGAAGGAGAUGUGAUGCUUGUAGUUCCACAUGGCUUACUCUGGAAUGAGGUUACUGCAUCUUGUAUGAUCGGUGUUGACUUUGAGACUGGCAAGGUAGUUGAAGGAGAAGGUGAAAUAGCGGAAACAGCAAACGCUAUUCAUCGUGCUAUUCAUAAAAUACGCUAUCCCAUGGAUGGUACAGUCAGUAUUAUGCACACACACCAACCAUAUACUACCUGUUUAGCUUGUGUUGAUGAUCCAGAACCUUUCAAGUUUAGGCUUUCUCAGGGCAGCAUGUUUAUGUAUGGCAAAAUGGAAUUUGAUUACAAUUACACUGGCGUCGCUCACGCAGAUGAAGAAGGGCGCAGAUUAGCAAAGGUUCUGGGUGACAAAAGCAUUUUGAUGAUGGGUAAUCAUGGAGUACUUACGGUUGAUAGUGCACGUAAUGCCUUCACACUUCUGUAUAUGCUGGAAAAGGCCUCCAAAUUACAGGUGCUUGCACAAUCUACGGGGAUGAAAUUGCUACAAGCACCGGAAAAAGUAGCCAAAGGUGUUGCCUCAUUUCCCUUUGGUGAUGAUGUUAAUCUUUUUUUCAACGCUUUAAAAAGGCAAAUGACGAAACCAUGCGUGGCCGACUAGAUUGUGAUGGCACCACAAGUUGGAAGAAGUUUUAAAAAAAGCACAAGUUGGAUCUUGCCAUAAAUUGUUUCAUUACCUAUAGACAAAACGAACAGCUAUACUUUGCUAACAACACAAAAGUUUACCAUCUAUAUCCCAAUACAUGUGUAGAACAAAAUAAUAUUGUAUUAUGAUCUAUUGACUCAUCGAAUAUUGCAAACAUUCAAUUAGAAUGUUUUUUUUUCAACUGACAAGGAAUGAAUACAUGUACGUUUCCUAAUGUUUAUCUUUAUUGUAUGAUUGUAUCUUAUCUAUAUGUCCAUUAUAAAAUAUGUAUAUGUUCUUUUUAUCGUUGCAAGGCCUCUUUGUAAAUCAGGUCUAUAACUGAAAGGGUUACCCUGCGUAAAUAAAACUGAAAUAAAUAAAUGAAUAGAAUAUUAAUUAAAUCUAAUUUAAUGUGAUCCGAGCCCGGAACCAACGGAUUGUUUUGAGGGCUCGGUGUAAAAAUGGAAAAGGUAAAAAUGGCAGAUGUAAAAAUUAGAGAGGUAAAAAUGGCAGCGGUUAAAAUGGCAGCAGUAAAAAUGGCACUCUGCCAUUUUUACCUCUGCCACUAUUACCUCUGCCAUUUUUACGUGGCGCCGUUUCGACCCCCCCCCCCCCCUUCAGAAAGGAUCCUAAAUAUUGUAUCAGUUGUUGUAAGUCAGUGUAUUGUAAUCUGAAUCAUUUUUUCCAAUAUGUUGCCAAUAUGACACUUGAUAUGAUUUAUGUAACACGUGUUUUAAAAAUUAAAAAUCCUAUUAGGGGGGGGGGGGGAGUGGAUAUAUCCGUUGACCUAUCCGAGAUGUAUUGGAUAUAGAAAUUAUGUGUACAAACAAAAUCCCCUUCCUGUCCUUAGCAUGCACCGCUAAACUGUUGAAAACUGUUAAACUGUGGAAAUUAUUGUAAUUCCACAUGUUCAGGCGGAAUAAAAUCUUUUUCACAUGAUAAUGAAGAGAAAAUAAGAUUUGUUUCACAUCCUACAAUAAAAUCAAAAGAAAUGGAAAGUGGGUCUGCUCAUUUGAAUCCCGACCAGGAUCAUAUUGUAAAACUAAGCGAAACUUUUAAAUAUUUUAUCUUUCUUAAUUUACAUCCGAUUUAGAAAUUUUUUCAGUGUUAUGCUUUAAUAGUGAAUUUUCUCCUUUUAUUCAGAUCAACUUUUACGUGUGGAUGGACUUGUACUUGAAAACCUUUGAAAAUGCACAAUCUUUCGACAUCUUUAAAUACUGUGCGUAAUGCCUUCAAAAAGGAAAACAUAAAGAAAUGUAUUUUUUACAGAAACAUAACCAGUAAAACUUACUUUGUUUUGAGAUCUAUAUAAUUUACCAGAAACACCGCUGUAUGUAUUGAAUUCUUAAGGUUUUAAAUACAAUCUGAAAUAUAUGUUUUCUGCAGAUGAGGUGUAAAUUAAUUCCAAGGAUAUAUAAGCAUAUUCAUAUUUUAAAGAAAUUAUAUAAUAUGCAUAUCUUAAUUUUAGACACGGUCUUAUCAAUGUAUCGAUUUUCUGCGGUCUUGUGAGUAAUCAAAUGUAGUGAAAAAUUGAAAUAUAUAUGUAGAAAUCAUUGGUAUCAGUGUUGACUGGUGAUCUUUCCUUCGCUUUUGAUAUCAGGUAAUUUCUUUUUCGUUCUAAUUUAUUGUUAAGUUGAUUCAUGCUCUAACUUCAAAAUAUAAUUUCACAAGUGUGAUAAAAAUAAUCAAAGUAGGUUAUCAAAUGAAUAUAAUUCUCAAGGAUAUCAAUAAUUUUUGUAAUAAUAUGUUUACAUACAUUUUGUGCCUGUACAUAUUAAAGCUGUCAUAAGUUAAGAGCGACUUUAAGAACGACUGGCGAUCCUUUCUUGUAAUGAAUGGUAUACACUAACAUGUUCAUGGACGAUGGUUUAACGCACAAGAAAGGAUCACUAGUCGUUCUUUAAGGCAUCCUUAACUUACGAACAAAUUUAUGAAACGGGCACCGGAUGGAAAACCACCAAAUUGGUGAUAUGUGCAACCCUGUAUAAAAUUAAUAUCAGAAAUAAACAAAUAAACAAUUAAAUCAUGUACAGAUUAUCAACAUCAAUAUUUCAGUAAUUUUUCAUAGUAUAUAGGCUAAUUUGUCAUCUAACUCCCUACCCCCGUUCAAUUAAAUAAUUGAAUUCCUUCAAUGUAUCUCUUAGAUAUCUCUUCUUAUGGAAAUAUUUUGAUUAUGGUCUAUUCUUUGUGAAUCACACAAGGAAAAUAUCAACAAUUUUUUAAUUAUCCAUACUUUUAAAUUAUAAUUCAAUUUUUUCCCCAUACAUUACAUUAAGACUUUGACAGUAUAGUGAUUGAUCCAAGUGUACGCCCUUGUUUUACAUCUUUAAAGUCAGAAAAAUUUGUGAUAUAUAUUUCAUUUGUUACAGGUUUUGUAUGGUUCAUAAUUUCUUUUCAUUAUCAUAAUAUGUACUUACAUCAUCUCCCUUUAGCAUUGUUAGAUUGGUCAAUCAAUUUAAUUGUUUGAUUCAUGAAUUUAUACUAAAACAUUAAAGAUCAUUAACGUAUUUCAUUUUUUCAGGUCUUGGGAUUUCUACUAGUAUUGAAGUUAAAAGAAGUAAAUUGUAUGAUCUUUGUAUGAAAUGCCCACGAAUUAACAUAAACUCGUAUAUGUACAAAGUG